CUGUUUGGCAGCCCUAGCCCUUAACAUUAGAUACACAAGUGCAUAAAGCAGCUUCAGUGAAUUGUAGAAAUAAAAAUAUUACCAUAAUUAGCAGGGAGAAAGUUAAGUAAAAUAGCAACUUUUGAACUUGAACUGGUCUAUUUCCUGAGGGAUUUUUUUUUAAAGCAGCAAAGGCUGCUUUGCAAAAAUAUAUUGGCAAAUACGUUUUUAGGAUUAUAGGAUAACGAAGUGCAAUGGCCAUGCUCCACUGGGAAGAUGAUAUUAGCAUGUCAAAAAGGCUAAAAUCUCCAGAUAAGUUGCAGUUGGAGCCUAUUUUAGUGCAGUCCUCUCCGAGACACAAGAUCAUCAUGGAAUCCUCAACUACAUCUUCACCUGGAAGCAAUGGCAGUGGUGAGGCAGCAUUGAUCCGGAAGCAGAAACUGGAAUUCCAGCGCCGUAUCAUUGAAAAGAAGCAACGCCGAAAGCGCCAGGAGCCACUUAUGGUUCAGGCCAAUACAGACACCAAAGUGAAGGGGUGCCGAGGGAGGCAGAAAGCCGAGGAACGCAUCCCACUCAUGGAGUCUUGCAGUGAACACAGCCUGGGGAAUAGUACAAGCAACCCUUUUCUUGUGGAGUCUGUUCCAGAGGCCCACCUUGGUGUCCAUAUGUGGGGUAGCUCUAUCCAGAUGAGCAGGUCACACAGUGGCCAAGGGGAAAGCCAAGCAGCUGGGCCAGAUUUUUUUGAUGAAGCAGAGCUAGAGGUGGCCAUUUUGGAAGAAACCCAACCUAUCAACAAGAAUGAAUCCAUUCCUAAGAAUGGCUGGCAGGUCAAAAAAAGAGAAGGACGACCAAGUACAAAACGGCAUGGCCAGACUGCCAGAUCAAAGAGAGAAAGUUUAUCCCCGAGACAUGACAUUCCAUCUCCCAUGGUGGGUAUGGAAGAUGAGGUUCCUGAGCAUGUAUCCCAGGCAACCAAAUCAAAAAAGGAAAGAUUAACCCCAGUACAGAAGGUUCCGUCAGUCGUUAUGGAUAUGGAAGUUUUGAAAAAUGAUCUUCCCAAAGAAGUCCCAAAGUCUACAGAGUCCAAAAAAGCCAUUGGGGACAUGCAUAACAUCGAUAUGCUUCAAAGCAACUCUGAAAGUGAGGGGGAAUACUCCCAGGAGCUGACCAUACCUCCUUCACCUAUGAAGAAGCCUCGUGAGUGGAUGCUGAGGCACAGAGGAUCUCUCACUAAUGGAAGGAGGAGUCCGAGCGAGGAAGAGGAAGAAAAUGAUGAAGAUGAUGAUGAUGAAGACUUCAAGGAUGACGAUCAAGACAUUCUCAGGAGUGUGAUGUACAUUCAAGAAGAAAUUGACUUAUCUGCGUCUCCAAACGAGGAAGCAAGCACUCCCUUGUCUCUCAAAGUGGAUGACAUUGAGGCAUUUGUUUUGCAACCUGCCCCUCAGGGCCACACAAUCCAGUGUCGCAUCACACGAGACCGGAAAGGGAUGGACAAGGGCAUCUUCCCCUUCUACUACUUGCACCUUGAGAUGGAAAAUGGGAAGAAGCGGUUCCUCAUGUCUGGAAGGAAAAGGAAAAAAAGCAAGACUUCAAAUUACCUUAUUUCUUUAGAUCCAAUUGAUCUGUCACGAGGUGGAGAAAACUUCAUUGGAAAAGUCAGAUCUAACAUGCUUGGGACCAAGUUCACUGUGUUUGACAAUGGAAUCAAUCCAGAAAAAAAACCUUUUGUUCCAGAAACUGCCCAUCUACGGCAGGAGUUAGUUGCCAUUUGCUAUGAGACCAAUGUUUUGGGUUUCAGAGGUCCACGGAAAAUGACAGUGAUAAUUCCUGGAAUGAAUUCAGAGAAUGAGAGGAUCCGCAUCCAACCUAAAAAUGAACAUGAAACCUUACUGUUGCGAUACCAGAACCGGAAUAUGCAAAAUUUGAUCAAACUCCAGAACAAGGUGCCUGCUUGGAAUGAGGAGACCCAGUCAUACGUACUCAACUUCCACGGACGGGUCACACAGGCGUCCGUCAAGAACUUCCAAAUCAUUUCAGAAGAUGACCCUGACUACAUUGUGCUCCAGUUUGGCCGGGUGGCUUCUGAUGUCUUCACCAUGGAUUAUCGAUUCCCCCUCUGCGGGCUUCAGGCAUUUGCCAUCUGUCUGUCCAGUUUUGAUGGGAAGCUUGCUUGCGAGUAGAAAAGGCCAGGCCAGCUCAACCAGAUUUUUUAUGCCCAAACCUUGUGGCUUUGCUCCAGAGGGCUUCCUGCUGCCUCGUAAAAUCAGACACCGAUCCUUACAUUGCCAGUAUUGCUCAUCUUUAUCCUUCCAAUUUUUUUAUUUUUUUUUUGGUUAGGCUGGAUUUCCACAUGAUCUGUUACUGUCAAACUGGCAUACGCUUUCCCAUUGCUUUUCCUCCUUUCCAUUCCAACUAACUUUCCCUGCCAAGCUUUCGUCAUCAUUCCUAAAAUCUUUGAUUUCUCUUCCAUUUUCCAUUUUGAUUUUUCAUUCGCUUGGACUUUCCAUUCUAGCCAACCUGUUUCCUCUUAUGCCACAUUGUCUUUGAACAUGACUUACUCUUGUUCAGACUUGUCCUGCCCUCUUGCGCUCUCUACCUCUCCAAAAUGAAUUCAGGAACACCAACAGAAAACCAACCAUCUCAGAAGAUGUGGAAGAUAGCUCCAUUAUUGAAAAACACCUACUAAUAAACAGCCAGUUCUGCCAGCUGAAUUGUUUCAGAUCAAAGGGAGGGGCAGCCAAACACAUGGGAAGGAGCAGCUAUAUUGAAACCGUGGACGGAAGCUGCCACCCCGCACAUCUUCCCUUCUUUUAUCAAAUUGCAAAUAAAACUUACUCAGAGACCAAA